AUGAAAAAAGUUAAAACAAAGGGUUCUGUCAGUUAUUCAUUCGUCCAGAAAGCGUUGGAAGUAAAUGAAAUGAUAGGCACAGUUUGUAUUGAUGAAAUGACAAGUAUUAUCGAACAUACAAAAAGAAAUACUGAACUUUUGAGAAAAACUCUUCCUCAAGAAUUCAUUGAUGAUAUACGUUCAGUUAAACAAAUACAUUAUAAGCACAAGGACUUUGAUGUAAGGCUUAAACUAGGUGGCGAUUUAAUGAAUGCUGUCUACGUGUUUGGCCUACCCGGUUUUAGUUCAAAUUAUCCGUGUGUAUUCUGUACUCAGCACAAAGACGAUCUUCAUAUAACUAAAGAAACCGCUUGUGAUAAAGUUGUCACAACAGGCAAAGGCAAAAAUAAAGUAACCAAAACAAUUAAAAUUAGUGGUACAUCAUAUCAUGAUGUGACUAAACUAACCCGUUCAUUAGAAGAACAAAAACACUGCUUGCAUAAUGGCAAGGAAGAAAGUGGAAUAGCAUUACAAGAAGAUGAUGAAGAAUUAGGCAGUUUUCUUUCGUCGUUUACACCUACAAUUGUACGUUCCGAAAAUCGUUUCAAGAGUUUUAAAACGUGUAAUAAAUAG